UUCAUUUUCAGAAAAAUGGCUCCUUCUUCUUCCCUCACCCUAGGUGACCCAAAGCUGAAACCAACUUCACAGCAGGGUUGGAACUUGGAAAAUGUUCUGAAGGAAAGGAUCGUACUGAUAGACGGUGCGAUGGGAACCAUGGUUCAGAGAGAAGGACUUGAGGAGGAGGAUUUCAGGGAUGCAAAUUUACAAAAUCAUUCUAAGCCACUGAAGGGUAAUAACGAUCUCUUGUCAAUUACCAGACCGGAUAUUGUCUACAAUAUUCAUAAGAAAUAUUUUUUGGCUGGAGCUGACAUUUGUGAAACUAACACUUUCUCAGGAACUACUGUUGCCCAGGCAGACUAUGCUCUGGAACAUUUAGUAUAUCAGAUCAAUUAUCAAGGUGCUAAACUAGCAAAGAAGGCGGCGGAGGAGGCUUACAGAGAGACUGGUUGCACGAAGUAUGUUGCUGGCGCAAUGGGUCCAACGAAUAGAACCCUCUCUAUCUCUCCAAGUGUGGAGAAACCAGAGUUCAGGAAUAUCAGUUUUGAUGAACUAGUUGAAGCUUAUGGUGAGCAGGCUCGAGCUCUUCUUGAUGGAGGAGUUGAUCUUCUGCUGGUAGAAACUGUAUUUGAUACAGCUAAUGCCAAGGCUGCCCUAUUUGCGAUCCAGAAGCUGUUUGACACUGAAUACCAGUCUGUUCCUAUCUUUGUAUCCGGCACCAUUGUGGACAGGAGUGGACGGACAUUAUCAGGACAAACUGGGGAAGCUUUUAUCAUCUCCGUUUCUCACGCUAAACCAAUGUGCAUUGGACUGAACUGUGCUCUGGGGGCAAACGAAAUGCGACCAUUUAUAGAAGCAAUAGGAAAGGCUACGGACGCCUAUGUGAUCUGUUACCCUAAUGCAGGACUUCCAAAUACCUUUGGUGGUUACGACGAACUGCCAGCUGAAACUGGUUCUAAUAUGUUAUCCUUUGCUAAAGAUGGAUUCGUUAAUGUUGUUGGAGGUUGUUGUGGAACAACUCCAGAUCAUAUCAGAGCUGUUGCGGAAGCAGUUAAAGGCAUCAAACCAAGGAUUCCAGCUAAAUCUAUUUCAGCUGAUCACAUGUUGUUGGCUGGUCUUGAACCCUUGAAAGUUGGUCGUCUCUCUAACUUUGUUAAUAUUGGAGAGCGUUGUAAUGUUGCUGGUUCAAGACUAUUCUGUAGAUUGAUCAAGGAAGGAAAGUAUGAUGAAGCCCUGGCUAUAGCUAAGCUCCAGGUUGAGAAUGGAGCACAGGUUCUUGAUAUCAACAUGGACGAAGGAAUGUUGGACGGUAAGGCUGCUAUGAGCAAGUUUUGCAAUCUCAUAUCAUCAGAACCAGACAUAUCAAAGGUCCCGCUCUGCAUAGAUUCGUCAAAUUUUGAGGUCAUUGAAGCGGGUCUUAAAUGUACUCAGGGAAAAUGUAUCAUCAACUCUAUAUCCUUGAAAGCUGGGGAACAAGAUUUUAUUGAGAAAGCAACAACUAUCAAGAGAUUUGGAGGAGCUGUAGUCGUCAUGGCAUUUGAUGAACUGGGCCAGGCGGCGGAAUGUGAUAGAAAAGUUGAAAUAUGCCAGAGAUCUUAUAAGAUUCUCACAGAAAAGGUUGGGUUUAAUCCAAAUGACAUAAUUUUUGACCCCAACAUACUGACCAUCGCUACUGGAAUGGAAGAGCACAACAACUAUGGGAGAGACUUCAUAGAGGCGACCAGCAUUAUUAAGGCGACCUGUCCGGGCUGUAGGAUUAGCGGAGGUGUAUCAAACUUUUCAUUCUCUUUCAGAGGAAAGGAGUUUAUACGGGAAGCUAUGCAUAGUGUAUUCCUUUACCAUGCAAUUCAAAAGGGUAUGGAUAUGGGAAUUGUAAAUGCAGGAAAUCUUCCCUUGUAUGACGAUAUAGAAACUGAACUGUUGAAACUUUGUGAAGAUCUGCUCUGGAACAGGGAUCCUGAAGGUACUGAUAAACUUCUGGCUUAUGCGGAGAAGCAUUCUGCAGGGGCUAAGACUGCAGCAGUAGUUGAUGAAUGGAGAAAUGGCUCAGUAGAAAACCGUCUUCAACAUUCUUUAAUCAAAGGAAUUGACAAAUUUGUUGUGGAAGAUACAGAAGAAGCAAGAACUAAUAAAUCUCUUUACCCUCGUCCUCUCAAUGUUAUCGAAGGACCAUUGAUGAAAGGUAUGUCUGUUGUUGGAGAUCUGUUCGGAGCUGGAAAAAUGUUUCUUCCUCAGGUGAUAAAGUCAGCUAGGGUGAUGAAGAAGGCCGUAGCUCACCUUAUUCCAUUCAUGGAGGAGGAGAGAGAAGCACAGUUUAAACUUUCAGGAGAACAAGUUCAAGAAUCUGAUAGAUGGGCAGGAACUGUAGUCCUGGCAACAGUAAAGGGUGAUGUUCAUGAUAUUGGGAAGAAUAUUGUUGGCGUGGUUCUAGGCUGUAAUAACUACAGGGUUAUUGACCUGGGAGUAAUGGUUCCAGCUGACAGAAUACUUGAAGCUGUACUCAGAGAAAAGGCUGAUAUCCUUGGUUUGUCUGGUCUGAUAACUCCUAGCUUGGAUGAGAUGAUUCAUGUAGCCAGGGAGAUGGAGAGAUUAAAACUGAAAAUUCCUCUACUUAUUGGCGGAGCAACAACUUCAAAACAACAUACAGCAGUUAAAAUUGAUCCAAGGUACACAGAGCCCGUUAUUCAUGUCUUGGAUGCUUCAAGAAGUGUUGUAGUGUGUUCCUCUUUACUUGACGAGAAGAUGAAAGCAGAAUAUCUGGAAGAUAUAAAGGAGGAAUAUGAAGAGGUUCGAGAAGACCACUAUGAGAACCUGAGAGAGAAAAAAUAUGUAUCUCUGGAAAAGGCUCGUCAGCUUAGGACCAAAAUAGAUUGGAACUGUUCCAGUAUUAUCAAACCAACAUUCCUGGGAACCCAGACCUUUCUCAACUACGACCUGGGAUCUCUAGUCGAGUAUAUUGACUGGAAACCUUUUUUUGAUACUUGGCAAUUACGCGGAAAAUAUCCUAACUCAAGAUAUCCUAAAAUAUUUGACGACAAAACUGUUGGUGAGGAAGCUAGGAAGCUAUUUACUGACGCUGAAAACAUGCUGAAAACUAUUGUAAAGGAAAAUCUGCUGGAAGCACGUGGAAUUGUUGGUUUCUAUCCCGCUUCAAGUACAGUAGAUGACAUCAUAGUGUACGGUUCCGAGGAUACAGAGACCGAGGUGGCAAGAUUUUACGGACUACGCCAGCAAACAGAGAAGGAGCUGAACGAUUCAUUUGCCUGCAUAUCAGAUUAUAUUGCUCCAAAAGAAUCUGGACUGCAGGAUUACAUUGGAGCGUUCGCAGUUAGCGCAGGAUUCGGGACAGAUGAGCUCUGUAAAAAGUUUGAAGCUGAGCACGAUGAUUACAGUGUAAUAAUGCUGAAGAGCUUGGCUGACCGACUAGCUGAAGCUUUCGCAGAGAAGCUUCAUGAGAUGGUCAGAACACAGCUCUGGGGAUAUAACAGGUCCGAAGAGCUUCGGGCUGACGAUCUCCAUAAGAUUAAUUAUCAAGGUAUCCGUCCUGCUCCAGGCUACCCUUCCCAGCCAGACCAUACAGAGAAGACGACAAUGUGGAGACUCUUAGAUAUAGAGGAGAAAACAGGAAUACAACUUUCGGAGAGCUUAGCCAUGAAUCCAGCCGCCUCUGUAUCUGGUUUAUACUUCGCACACCCGAGCUCUACCUACUUCUCGGUUGGAAAACUUGAGAAGGAUCAGAUAGAAAACUAUGCUCAACGAAAGGGUCAGACCAUCGCUGAAACAGAAAAGUGGCUGGGGGUCAACUUAGCAUACGACCCCGAAAAUAACUAAUAACCUCCAUUAAACGACCCCAAAGAUAGCUAAUAAACUCUAUUAAACGA